GUUUAACGUGUAGUUUUCCCUCAUAGAAGACUUUCGACAUCGCGCGUCAAGCUUGAGUCAAGUUACUUUUGGUUUGUUAUCGACUGAGAUCGGUCAUUACAGCCAGAUGGGAGACUAACGAGACUGAAAGUCGUAGCACGAACAUUAAAUCAUUCCAUAUAAAAAAAAAAUCUGGUUUCAAGACGAUUGUUGCUUCUUCUGACAGAGUUGGACAAGUUCCAGUGUCAUCUGCCCUGGUCGUCGGCUCUUCGCGCAUCACUGGGACCAAACAACAAUCUCUUCCAUCUAUUAAGCUCCUCCUCCUGUAGUGAAGCUCCUCCUUCCUUUUAGUUCAGCUAUAAAUUCUGGAAUAUUCCCAUCUGAUUGAAGUGAAAUUGCAGAGUUUAUUGAAGGACAGAAAGAGCAUGAGUGAUCCAGAACUGUGCAGAGUUAAACAGGAAGAGACCGAUGACAGAGAGAACAUGAGUGACUCAGAACCCUGCAGAAUUGAUCGGGAAGGCACCAAGGACAGAGAGAACAUGAAUGAUCCAGAACCCUGCAGAAUUAAUGAGGAAGAGACCGAAGAACAAACAGAUGUUAAAGAGAGUGAGGAGAGCGAAGAUGAUGAACGAAGUGAUUUAAAGAAAAGAAGACGGAAGAAAUGUUUGACCUGCAGUCAGUGUGGGAAGAGUUUUGAUUGCAAAAGCUAUUUUAGGAUUCACAUGAUGAUCCACAAUGGAGAGAAACCGUUCACGUGUACUCAGUGUGGGAAGAAAUUCAGACAAUCGUCACACCUUAAUCGACACAUGAUGAUCCACACUGGAGAAAAGCCGUUCGCAUGCACUCAGUGUGGGAAGAGAUUCAGAUAUACAUUAAACCUUAAUCUACACAUGAUGAUCCACACUGGAGAAAAACCACACAAAUGUGAUCAAUGCGGCAAAUCAUUUUUGUCGGCUGCGCAGCUGAAGGACCAUCUUAGAGUUCACACAAAGGAGAAACCUUAUUCAUGUUCUGUGUGUGAAAAGAGUUUUUCGCUGCAGUCAACUUUGAUAAAACAUCAGAAGAUCCACACUGGUGUGAGAGAGUUUGUGUGCUCUGAAUGCGAGAAGACGUUUGUUACAGCUGGACAACUGAAACAGCACCAGGUGAUUCACACUGGAGAGAAACCGUACACGUGUUCACACUGCGACAAGAGAUUCACUCAAGUACAAAACCUGAAAAGACAUGAGGUAAUUCACAGUGGAGAGAAACCGUACAAGUGUUCACACUGCGACAAGAGCUUCACUCAGUUACCAAACCUAAAAUGUCAUGAGAGGAUUCACACUGGAGAGAAACCCUACCGAUGUCAGCAGUGUCUGAAGCGUUUCACACAGCUGUCACAACUUCAGAAACACACAAACAUGCACAGAAAAGCAGGACACUUGCCUUAAAUGGAGCACAAAAAACAGGGGUUAAGAGACUGAAUGUGGAAAGUCUAUCCAUUUACUUAGAGCAGUGGUUCUCAAACUUUUUUCAUCAAGUACCACCUCAGAAAAAAAAAUUCUCCCCAAGUACCACCAAAAUGAGCAGUAUUGAAAUACAGUAGCAUGGUAGGCCCAGUAAAGCAGCUACAACUCUGCACAGUUAAAAAAAAACGUGGCAGAUUACUUCAAAAAUAUAGGCUAUAAGUCAUACUGUAUAUGGCAUAUUAUAUACAUCAUUUUUGAUAAAUUUUGAAAUAUAUGUAGCAUGUACAUGACAUUUCAUACACGUACCACAGUUUGAGAACCACUGACCUAGAGUAUUUACUUCUUCAACAAUUUUUCUUUAAAUUAAUGUACAUCUCUUUCCAUGAAUGCUUCAUUUACCUAAUCUGUCAGUAUACAAACUUUUUUAUUCCAGCAGAUCUGCAUAUUAAAAAAUUAAUCGAA